AUGCAGAUUGUUUUGGAGAAGAGUGAUCAUCCUACUUUGACGGGUGACAAGAAAGCAAUGCAAAAGCAGCUGCCCCAGCACUCACCAGAGGCGGACAAGAGUGUUGCCCCGCUCCGAGUGCUGAUCCCCUUGGGGCCAGUCGCUGCUGUUCGGUGCUCGCCUCCCAUGUUUGGCUCUGCGAGGUUUAAGGCUUACAUCGAACUCGCCACGGAUGCAGCACAGCGAUGGCUCCCGCCAGAGGGGGAGCUGAACCAGUGCCGCCAUCCCGAGCUGCGUCAAGUAUGGCCUCCAUGA